CCAAUGAUAUCAUUAUACCCAUUCAGUGUAAUGGGGCUGAUCGGAGUCGGGAAAAGCACUCUCAUCAACACUGCAGUUGAGAACGACGUGACACCCGUAGGCCAUUACUUGCAGUCGUGUACACAAUGCAUUCGACACGCCAUCUGUGCAUGUCCCUGGGAUCCUUCCCGCCGCAUAGUCCUCGUUGACACACCUGGCUUUGAUCCCCGCCGCCGCGGAACCCAGAUCGACACACCUAGUUUCGAUGACACAUUCAUAGAUGUCUUGGAGAUUUUGAGACGCACCGCCGUGUGGCUGGCAAGUUCGUACGACGACGACAUGAAGUUGGCUGGUGUGUUGUACCUUUACGAUAUUAGUCGACCUCGGACGUUCGGUACAUCGCGCAAGAGUCUUGAUAUGUUUCGAAGGCUGUGCAGUGAAGAUGCAAACGUCAUUCUGGUGACUGCAAAAUGGGGCGAUGUCGAUGCAAAGGUGGGAGAACGACGUGAGCAACAACUGAAGAGCAGCUUCUGGAAGGAAAUGAUUGCAAAUGGAUCACAAGUUGCUCGGUUCGAUGGGUCACACAAAUCUGCCUGGGAUGUCAUGAAGCCCAUUCUUGCGAACAAGGCAGCUGCCGACGUCCGCGUUCAAAGGAGGCUGGUUGAAUUUGGAAGAAUAAUCCCGGAAAUUGACGCAGGAGACACCUUACAUGCUGCAUUGAAGGAGGUGGCAGAGACACAGGCUGUCGAGGGUUUGAAGGGAUGGGUUGGAGAUGCGGACGAAAAUUGGCAAAGAUUGAAGGAGAUCGAAAAAAGACUUCGCGAGCUCUUGAAACAGAUUGAAGAGUUGAAGGUGCUGCUUGAUUAGACUUAGCUCACCUUGAUGACAUAUGUAUUCAUUAGUUGAUUGUAUCCAAUCAAGCCUUAGUACUGU